GUGCGCUGGUGCGAGUCCUGGGUCGCUGCUCGCUCCCUCCCCUCCCCGCGGUUAGCUCCGGCCUGCGGAGGGGAGCCUCCUCCAGGCCUCCGACCCAUUGCCCCAGACCGAUGCCGACUGACCUAAUCGUUGAGAGGAUUUCCUAAGCUGAGGAAGAAGGACUGGAGGGGAGGAAGAACUGGAAGCCGCCAGAGAAAUCUGAACCCAGAUCCAGGGAUUCCACUGCUUUGUCCAGUAUUUUGUGCAUGGAAAAGAAAAAAAAGUAUCGUACACUGAACUGAUCCAGUGCUUUGAAAAUGACUUCGAAAUGUCCUUUGGUGUCCUUCAUACUCGCUGCACUAACUCUUUCAACUACAUUUUCUCUCCAACCAGACCAGCAAAAGGUUCUACUAGUUUCAUUUGAUGGAUUCCGUUGGGAUUACUUAUAUAGAGUUCCAACACCCAAUUUUCAUUAUGUUAUGAAGUACGGUGUUCAUGUAAAGCAAGUUACUAACAUUUUUAUUACGAAGACCUACCCUAACCAUUAUACUUUGGUUACUGGCCUCUUUGCAGAGAAUCAUGGGAUUGUUGCAAAUGACAUGUUUGACCCUAUUCUGAACAAAUCUUUCUCUUUGGAUCACAUGAAUAUUUAUGAUUCUGACUUUUGGGAAGAAGCAACUCCAAUAUGGAUCACAAAUCAGAGAGAGGGACAUACUAGUGGUGCAGCCAUGUGGCCGGGAGCAGAUGUAGAAAUACAUGAGACCUUUCCUACUCACUACAUGCCUUACAAUGAGUCCGUUUCAUUUGAAGACAGAGUUGCCAAAAUUAUUGAAUGGUUUACAUCAAAGGAGCCCGUAAAUCUUGGUCUUCUCUACUGGGAAGACCCUGAUGAUAUGGGCCACCAUUUAGGACCUGACAGUCCUCUCAUGGGGCCUGUUAUUUCAGAUAUUGACAACAAGUUAGGAUAUCUCAUACAAAUGCUGGAAAAGGCCAAGUUGUGGAAUGUUGUGAACCUAAUCAUCACAAGUGAUCAUGGAAUGACCCAGUGUUCUGAGGAAAGGGUGAUAGAACUUGACCACUAUCUGGAUAAAGACCACUAUACCCUGGUUGACCAAUCUCCAGUGGCAGCCAUCUUGCCUAAAGAAGGCAAAUUUGAUGAAGUCUACGAAGCCCUAGUUCAUGCUCAUCCUAAUCUUACUGUUUACAAAAAAGAAGAGAUUCCAGAAAGAUGGCAUUACAAAUACAACAGUCGAAUCCAACCUAUCCUAGCAGUGGCUGAUGAAGGGUGGUAUAUUUUGCAGAAUAAGUCGGAAGACUUUUUGUUAGGCAACCACGGUUAUGAUAAUGCAUUAGCAGAAAUGCAUCCAAUAUUUUUAGCCCACGGUCCUGCCUUCAGAAAGAAUUUCACAAAAGAAGCCAUGAACUCCACAGAUCUGUACCCACUGCUGUGCCACCUCCUCAAUAUCACCGCCAUGCCACACAAUGGAUCGCUCAGGAAUGUCCAGGAUCUGCUCAGUUCAGCACCUCCAGGGCCAAUUCCUUACACACAGAGUACUACGCUCCUCCUUGGGAGUGUCGAACCAGAAUAUGAGCAAGAGGAGUCAUACCCAUAUUUCAUAGGGGUCUCUCUUGGCAGCAUUAUAGUGAUUGUAUUUUCUGUAAUUUUCAUUAAACAUUUAAUUCACAGCCAAAUACCUGCCUUACAAGAUAUGCAGGGGGAAAUAUCUCAACCAUUAUUGCAAGCCUAAUACUAGUCUGAAGUGGAAUUGUGUAUUGAAGUGGAGAUUGCAUAGUUCUGUCAGUGUUUAAAGAUUUCAAGUUCUAAAAAUCUGGUUGUAGGCAUUUGCAGAAACAUCAAGGAAUUAUAUAUAUAUAUAUAUUUAGGUCACAGUCACACACACACAGAUGGGCCAAAAUACUCUUACCUGCAAGGGAUUAAAAAUGUGAGAAUAUGUCUCCAUUGUUCUCUUUAGUUUAGGGUUAGGUAAAAUCCUGCCUUAUUUGGACUUGGCACAUAUAAUGUACAUAUUCAGCAACUUUGCACUAUUUAAAGUACCUUGUACAAUUGCACUUUAAAUUACUCUCCUAAUGAGUACUUCUAUUUGAAAUGCACUUUAUGGACAAUUAUGUCUUAGAGCUUACCUGAAAACAGCUUUUUACACCUGUAUCACAAAAUACUACUUAUUCACUGUUCAAACUGGAUGAAAUUUCUAGUGAUUCCUGAAUAAUGUAGAAACCUAUUUCCUUAAAUUAGGAGAACAACUAGAAAGUGGCAACUGUUGAAAAUUAAAUGUGAUAAACUUUAUACCUUUAGUUUUGGAGAGAGGUUUUCCCUAUGGCAGACUGCAUCUGUGGGCAUUUCUUGUCAUAUGUCUUUCCCCAAACAUGUGUUUUCCUUUAUUUUUCCCCCCACAAAGAGAUCCAAAUACUGACAGGUUCAUUGUCAUAAAAUUAAUUAUUGCUAUUUCCUGAUUAGUCAUAUUACUUUGGCUUUUAUAAUAAUGAAGACACCAUGAAUAUACAUUUAAUACACAUUUCUUUCUUAGGUAGGUCAGCAAUGGCCUGAACAUAAGAGACCAGGCACCAUCUCAGCAAUGUUUUUUCUUGUCUAUGAUUAUUUUGCUUCUUUGAAAACUAAAUCAUUAUUAAUAGCAUUAAAAAUCAAAUUAGAUAAAA